AUGUCACUACAGAUGGUAACAGUCAGCAAUAACAUAGCCUUAAUUCAGCCAGGCUUCUCACUAAUGAAUUUUGAUGGGCAAAUUUUCUUCUUUGGCCAGAAAGGCUGGCCCAAGAGAUCCUGCCCCACUGGAGUUUUCCAUUUUGAUGUAAAGCAAAAUCAUCUCAAACUGAAACCUGCAGUUUUCUCUAAAGAUUCCUGCUACCUUCCUCCUCUUCGCUACCCAGCCAUUUGCUCAUACAAAAGCAACCUAGAGUCUGAAAAACAUCAAUAUAUCAUCCAUGGAGGGAAAACACCAAACAAUGAGCUUUCAGAUAAGAUUUAUAUCAUGUCUAUUGUUUGCAAGAACAACAAAAAAGUUACUUUCCACUGUACAGAGAAAGACUUAGUAGGAGAUAUUCCUGAAGGUAGAUAUGGUCAUUCCAUUGAUGUGGUGUAUAGUCGAGGGAAAAGUAUGGGUGUUCUCUUUGGAGGGCGGUCCUACAUGCCUUCUACACAAAGAACCACAGAAACAUGGAAUAGGGUAAUUGACUGCUUGCCCCAUGUUUUCCUGGUAGAUUUUGAAUUUGUGUGUGCUACAUCAUACAUACUUCCAGAACUUCAGGAUGGGCUAUCUUUUCAUGUCUCCAUUGCCAGAAAUGAUACCAUAUACAUUUUAGGAGGACACUCACUUGCCAGUAAUAUCCGCCCUGCUAAUCUAUACAGAAUAAGGGUUGAUCUUCCCCUGGGUAGCCCAGCUGUGAGUUGCACAAUUUUACCAGGAGGAAUCUCUGUUUCCAGUGCAAUCUUGAGUCAGACAAACAAUGAUGAAUUUGUUAUUGUAGGUGGCUAUCAACUUGAAAAUCAAAAAAGAAUGGUCUGCAACAUUGCUUCUCUAGAGGACAACAAGAUAGAAAUUCGUGAGAUGGAGGCCCCAAACUGGACCCCAGAUGUUAAGCAUAGCAAGAUAUGGUUUGGAAGUAGCAUGGGAAAUGGAACUGUUUUCCUUGGUAUACCAGGAGAAAAUAAACAGGCUAGCUCAGAACCAUUCUAUUUCUAUAUGUUGAAAUUUUCUGAAGACGAUAUGAAUGAAGAUCAGAAAGUAUUUGCAAAUAGACAGACAUCCACUGAAGAUCCAGGAGACUCCACUCCUUUGGAAGAUUCAGAAGAAUUUUUGUUCAGUACAGAAGCAAAUAGUUUUGAUGGUGAUGAUGAAUUUGACACUUAUAAUGAAGACGAUGAGGAAGAUGAGUCUGGAACAGGCUACUGGAUAACAUGCUGCCCUACUUGUGAUGUGGAUAUUAAUACUUGGGUACCAUUCUACUCAACUGAGCUCAACAAACCUGCUAUGAUCUAUUGUUCUCAUGGAGAUGGGCACUGGGUCCAUGCCCAGUGCAUGGAUCUGGCAGAACGCACACUCAUCCACUUGUCAGAAGGAAGCAAUAAGUAUUACUGUAAUGAACAUGUGGAAAUGGCAAUAGCAUUGCAAACUCCCAAAAGAAUCCUGCCCUUACAAAAGCCUUCAAUGAAAUCUCUUCACAAAAAGGACUCUAAGAAACUCCUUUCUCCUGCCAAGAAAUCCUUUCUUAGAAGGUUGUUUGAUUAG